AUGGAGGCAUCUGGCCCUGUGGCAGGUAUCAUGGUGACUCUCUGCUGCUGCCUCCUGAGCUCGGCGUGGGCUCUGGUCGAUCCCGAUGAUGUUCUCACGAAAGAAGAGCAGAUCUAUCUCCUGGUGGAGGCCAAGGAAAAGUGUCAGAGGGACAUAAAGGCCCAGCUGGAGAAGAUCAAAGACCCCAGCUGCCCUCCGGAGUGGGACGGGAUCAUCUGCUGGCCAAGGGGCUCCCCCAGCCAGGAGGUGUCAGUGCCUUGCCCCGACUACAUCUACGACUUCAACCACAAAGGUCACGCCUACAGGUACUGCAGUGCCUAUGGCACCUGGGCCAUGGCUCUCAGCAUCAACAAGACCUGGGCCAACUACACCGAGUGUGCCCUGCUCUUCUCCUCCGAGAGCCGGAGCCGCCAGAAGGAGGUGUUUGACCGCCUGCACCUCAUGUACACCGUGGGCUAUUCCAUCUCCCUGGCCUCGCUCAUUGUCGCUGUCUGCAUCCUCUCCUACUUCAAGCGCCUGCACUGCACACGGAACUACAUCCACGUCCACCUCUUCACCUCCUUCAUCUGCCGGGCCCUCAGCAUCUUCGUGAAGGACAUGGUGCUCUACUCAGGCACAGCGCCCAGCGACACCAACAGGAUGCGGGAGGACGAUUUCAGGGGUCCUUUGCCAGGACAACAGGGCCACCUGGUUGGCUGCAAGGUGGUGGUGACUCUCUUCCUCUAUUUUCUGGCCACCAACCACUACUGGAUCCUGGUAGAAGGUCUCUACCUGCACAGCCUGAUAUUCAUGGCCUUCCUCUCCAACAAGAACUACUUGUGGGUCCUCAUCAUCAUUGGCUGGGGUCUUCCUGCUGUGUUUGUGUCUGUCUGGGCCAGCGUCAGGGCCUCACUGGCGGAUACACAGUGCUGGGACCUCAGUGCAGGGAACAUGAAGUGGAUUUAUCAGGUCCCCAUCCUGGCUGCUGUCGUGGUGAACUUCUUCCUCUUCCUCAACAUCGUCCGGGUAUUGGCCUCCAAGCUCUGGGAGACCACCAUGGGCAAGCUGGAUCUCCGGCAGCAGUACAGGCAACUGCUCAAGUCCACGCUGGUGCUGAUGCCGCUUUUCGGAGUCCACUACGUGGUGUUCAUGGCCAUGCCCUACACCGAGGUCUCCGGGCUCCUGUGGCAGAUCCAGAUGCAUUAUGAGAUGCUCUUUAACUCCUCCCAGGGUUUCUUUGUGGCUUUUAUCUACUGCUUUUGCAAUGGGGAGGUGCAGGCUGAGAUCAAGAAAGCUCAUUUCCGGAGGCUCCAGGCGCUGGACUUGGGGCAGCGGGCGCGCCCCGGGAGCUCCCAGAGCUGCAGCACGAGCCUGGCGGGGCGGGGAGCGGGGGGCACCCGGGGGCUGCUGCUCCCGGCCCGGCCGCGCCUGCCCGGGUACAUCCCCAGCUCCGGCACCUCGGACCAGCUCCUGCCCUGCCCCGGCCAGGAACCGAGCCAGAAACCCCGGGGGGAAAACACGGUGGAUCUGACAGGCCUGGCUCAGUGUCACCCCAAGCCCAACAAGGAGCUGGAGACGAUGCUGUGA